AUGGACUUCAUUAAGGCGAACUUCUACGUACAAAACGAGGAAAUUGAGGGUGUAGGAGACGUGGGAGCGGCUGGUUUUGGAUCGACAGUCUACCAAGAUACAAGCACGUACAAUCAGGAGUUCUUGCCAGGUUAUGUGCCAUUGUUCUACGAGUUUAGGGGCGAGAGGGAGACUUUCGAAGCUCAGGAGGUGCCGGAGGCGUGGGACUGGAGACAAUGGGAGAGCCAAGUGUGCGUGAAACAGGAGAACGGAGUCGAAAAUGGCGCCGUGUCCAGCGUAAGCGAGGAAGCAGAGGUGCGUUCUACGACCAGUCGGAAGGAGCGCACCGCUUUCACGAAAGCUCAGAUACGAAGCCUCGAGGCGGAAUUCUCAAGGGCGAAUUACCUGACGCGCCUACGUCGCUACGAGAUCGCGGUGGCCCUUCACCUCACCGAGAGACAGAAGUCCAUAUUCGGUUUACCCCCCCCCCACCCCCCCCCCCCCCCCCCCCCCCCCCCCACCCCCCCCCCCCCCCCCCCCCCCCCCCCCCCCCCCCCCCCCCCCCCCCCCCCCCAGAGGAAGCAG